AUGAUUGCGGCGGAACUGAAGAAUGAGCUAAUAAAUGAGAUGGCAAUAGCGAAAGUCCGCGGCUUCUGUUCGUCACUUAUCUACGAAGCUAAUCAACUGGAAGGUGCAUUAUCAACGCUGAUUCAAAGUUGUGGAAUCGGGCCGUUGCGACCCAAUACAUUGCUGGUACCGUAUCCAGAAGGAGCUCAUACCGAAAGCACAUAUUGGUAUUUCUUACGUAAGUGGCAUCUCUGUUUUUUUCUAAAAAACUUGCUUGAUGAUAGAUACUUGAAACGACUGUUGGUUCAACACCGGUAUGUGUGCAUUCACUCAAUAUGUGUUAAUAGACAAUUAUGUCAUUUUCUUUCAUUAUUUCUUGGUUGUUUUGACCAGUGCUACGUCGCCUAGUG